GAGUUUUAAUAUCAAACUCAAAAGCAACUUAUUAAACUACCAACUUCCUUCAAUUUCACUUCUCUCUUUGUUUCUCUCUCUAGCUUACCAUCUCUCUAAAACUCAAACCCUAUUCUCUCUCUUCUUUGAUCUGAGCCUGAGCUUCUUCUUCAGCUGACUGCAGCUUAGAAUUCAGUGCUUGUGGGUUUAGUCAACCCAAGAAUGGCUUAAAGUUUGCUUCUUUUUGGAUCUCUCAGUUUCUUGCUGAUUCUUUAGUGACUUUUACUAUUGGCGCGUAUAGCAUCAAUGACAGAAGGCAGUAAAUUCUGUUUUCUCUUGGCUUCCACUUUCCUGUUGUUGGCUGUUGUCGUUAAAGUGACGUUGGCUCAAAAUUCUGCACCUGGUGAUGAUAUUCUGUUGAACUGUGGAGGCCCUGACGGUCUUAAAGAUGCCGAUGGUCGAAAAUGGGGUUCGGAUAUUGGGUCAACAUAUUUGAAGGGUAGUAAGUCGUCAACCUCUGAUGCUGCUGAUCAAAAGCCCUCUGUCCCUCAAGUCCCUUUUAUGUCUGCCCGUGUUUUCGAGUCUGAGUUCACCUAUAGUUUCCCUGUAGCACCUGGUCGUAAGUUUGUCCGUCUGUAUUUUUAUCCCUCGUCUUACAACAAGCUUAAUGCUACCAAUGCCAUUUUCAGUGUGACCGUUGGACCAUAUUCCCUCCUUAGAAACUUCAGUGCAGCACAAACUGCUGAAGCUCUCAACUACGAUUACUUGACAAAGGAGUUUUCAAUCAAUGUGCCAUCUGAAACUUUGAACAUGACUUUCACACCCUCUCCAAAUACUUCAAACUCCUUUGCGUUUGUCAAUGGGAUUGAGAUUAUUUCACAUCGUGACAUCUAUAAUACAGAUGACGGGACUACCUUCAUCGUGGGUCAGACUGCUGCUUUCAUUAUUGACAAUUCUACUGCCCUUGAGAAUGUUUACCGGCUUAAUGUUGGAGGCAAUGUGAUCUCACCAUCAGCUGAUACUGGUAUGUUUAGGUCAUGGAGUGAUGACUCACAGUAUAUUUUUGGAGCAGCCAACGGGGUUACAGAUACUGCAGAUGAUGAGAAUCUCACAGUAAGCUAUCCUGAAGGAACGCCAUCUGACAUUGCCCCGCUUGAUGUCUAUAAGACAGCCAGGUCAAUGGGUCCAACUGCUCAAAUUAACCUGCAAUACAAUUUGACUUGGGUUUUUUCAGUUGAUUCGGGGUUCUCUUAUCUUGUUAGGCUCCAUUUCUGUGAAAUCACUAAGAAUAUCACAAAAAUCAACCAAAGGGUGUUUGUCAUCUACAUGAAUAAUCAGACUGCGGAACCUGCAGCAGAUGUCAUUGCUUGGACUGGAAGCAAUGGGGUUCCUUUCCACAAGGAUUAUGUGGUCUCUGUCAAUUCUGGGGCUCCACAGCAGGAUCUUUGGCUUGCCCUCCAUCCAAACGUUGCUUCAAAAUCCAAUUGGUAUGAUGCAAUUUUGAAUGGAGUAGAGAUUUUUAAA